CCGGCGACCCAGCUGGCGCCAGCAGCGCGCUCGGAAAACAGAAAGCCAAACCGGUCAUGGGAGGCUAGUUAAACGACUGUGGUACCACGCUUGUGAGUUCUGUUUUCUGGCGGAAACGUUGCGACACAUUACGCGGACGCCGCGGGAGUAUCACGACGGCCAGCCGGUAUUUUAAAAGAUGGGAGCGUACUUGUCGGAGCCGAUUACGAAGAAGGAGUCGAGCGACGAAAUUGGAAAGAAUGUCGCGUACGGUGCGAGCUCCAUGCAGGGCUGGCGGAUCAGUCAGGAGGAUGCUCACAAUUGUUGCAUAGAUUUCGAUGAGAACGUUUCAUUAUUCGCCGUAUACGACGGUCAUGGAGGACACGAGGUUGCUACGUAUUGCGCACGUAAUCUCCCUGAUUUUAUCAAACAGACAGAAGCUUAUAAAACAGGCGACAUUAGGCAAGCUUUAAUAGAUGCUUUUCUCGGUUUCGACGAAACUCUUACAAAACCGGAGGUAGUCAAUGUUCUCAAAGAGCUCGCAGGGACGUCCACAUCAGAGAAAAAGGAGAGUGACUUGAACGAAUCUGAUGAAGAAGAGAAUGUUAGUAAUCUGUGUAUGGAGGCAACAAUGCCAUUGGAGCAAGUAAUGGCAAAAUAUCAGUCAGAGGUGUCGAAUCCUCAUCUAAAAAAUCUGAAAGGCGAAAAAUGUGGUAAACGCGCAUUCGCGAGUCCUUUUUUGCGAGGUCGGAGAGGACGAGAGAAAGCAAGUGGUUCAUCCUCUGGCGCAGGAUGUUCAUCUUCACCGUCACCGCCACCAACAUCAUCAUCGUCUUCAUCGUCCGGUUGGAAUACGAACGAAACAGACGUAAGUAGUUCCAGCCAGCCGUGUGGAUCGGCUCUGUCUAGCACAGUGGAACGAAAAGAUUCCGAUGGUUCGGGAAGUAAUGAAGCUGAGCAAGUACUGGAUUCGACAACGAGCAACGGCAGCGCUCAUGCGUCUCCACCAGUGGUAUCUACUGAGGAUGUAGAAACUGCUAAAUCUAUGGAUAUGCCUGAUAGCUCUGAAGAUGUAAAAGAGAAAGUAUCGAGUCCAGGCAAGGCACCACCGUGCGCGGAGUCUAAUGCGAAUGAGGUGGAAGUUAAUGGCGCAGAAUCGAAGAGGAUCGGAGAUGCAGACAGCAGUAAAGGUGGAGGAGACAAUGUGUCGAGCAGUUCUUGUAUCCCUGUGGAAAACGGGGAUGCGGAUCAGCAAGAACGGAUAACUAGCAGUGGUCGAAGAAGAAUUCAGCCUGUGGAUCUUUAUCAAAGUCUACUGAAAAAGGACAGUGAUGAUUCUGAGGAAGACGAUGAUGAUGACGAAAAUGAUGAAACUUUUGAUGGUGUCCCUGAAAGGUAUAAUGACGGUGAUGAUACGGAAGAUGUUGAUGAGGAUGAAAGUGAUGAAGAUGACGAUGAUGAAGUAGAGGAGGAAGAUAUAGAUGAUUCUGAUGAUGAUACUGAUGAUCUCAUGGUGAACACUGAAAAGCCUGGUUCGGACAGUGGAUGCACAGCAGUUGUAGCGAUACUCAAGGAAAACGAAUUGUAUGUGGCUAAUGCUGGAGAUUCUCGGUGUGUUCUAUGCAGAGAUGGCCAGGCGAUCGAACUUAGCCUGGACCAUAAACCCGAAGACGCACCAGAAAUGGAACGUAUAGUAAAAGCAGGUGGAGAGGUGACAAACGACGGCAGAGUGAAUGGCGGCCUCAAUCUUUCCAGAGCGCUCGGUGAUCAUGCAUAUAAGCAAAAUAUGGUAUUACCACCCCAGGAACAAAUGAUCUCGGCUCUACCGGACAUAAGGCAUAUUACAAUCGAUCCAGAGAAAGACGAAUUUAUGAUACUAGCUUGCGAUGGCAUAUGGAACUUUAUGACCAGUCAAAACGUUGUUCAGUUCGUGCGCACCCGUUUAUCACAAAAUUAUGAAAACAUUUCGAAAAUCUGCGAAGAGCUCUUUGAUCAUUGUCUUGCACCGGAUACUCUUGGCGAUGGAACGGGCUGCGAUAACAUGACUGCCGUAAUAAUUAAAUUUACAUCACCGGCAACUGAAAUUGUUAAAAAUAAUACCAUUGCUGAGGUAUGUGUUACAAAGAAGCGAUCGGUUUCGCCAACUGCUGAGGAAACCAAUGAGUGUAUCCCGGGAGAAAACACAGUAAAUCCCUGCAAACGUGCUAAAACUGAGGCAGCUAUGUGAAUUAGGAAUCAUCACGCAUGAACUGAUCUCCGGGAGCGGACGAAUGAAUAUAUGAAUGAAAAGUAUCCUACGAUGUAGUAGGUAUGCAACACGAUACAUGUGGUCCCUUUAUUAAUUGUGGGAUUACGAAUAUCUCUCAUCUUUUAACACUAAGAUACACAAAAAUAAUAUAUAUACACACAUAUGUAUAUGCCGUGCCAGUGUAAUCACAGUCUGUUGUUUUACAUUCCACCUUCACUUAUCUAACAUCUUCGGAAAAAUUGAGCAAACUUAUCUUCUAUUAUUCUAUUAUAAAAUGAAAAACUGGUUUCCUAAUCACCAUACGAUCAAUAGAUAUUGAGUUACUCGUAUCAACAUCCGAAACACUCCGAUUCAGAUUGUCGCUCCGAUUUCGUCACAUAAGUGAAAGUGUAAAUUAGUAAAAAAAAUUAAUCACCGAUAUAUAUAUAUAUAUAUGCGAAUUACGGCAAUUAUACAGUGAAAUAAUAUACUUGGAAUGACACGCGCGCGCGCACACGUGUUAGUAGAAAAAAUUCAAAUUAAACUAGUUUAUUAAAAUUCA